GCCGCACCACCUUCCUGUUCAAGUGAGCACAACACAACAAGACAUGCUGACAUUGUGGGUCAUGUUCAGCAAGGGAGAGGAGGCCUUGGGCUAACUAGCCGUGCUGCUUGGAGUAAGGCCACUGCACCAGAGCGGCGGAAGAUGGUAGUGCAGGAAGUACGCCAUCAGGAGGAGGCUGCAAGGUGGGCCAAGGCAGUCUCUCUUGCCAAACAGGGACAGUGGACUCGAUGGGACAGUGUGGAGAAGAGGAAGAUCAGCUGGAAGGAUCUGUGGGCCAUGGAAGCGAGGCGGUUGAGCUUUUCCAUCAGAGCAACAUAUGACGUCCUUCCAACACCAGUUAAUCUUCACCAAUGGUAUGGUGAAGAUCCGGACUGUGCCCUCUGUUCCAUGCCAGCCAACCUCAGGCACAUUCUCACAGGGUGUAAAACAAGCCUCACCCAAGGACGCUACACUUGGCGUCACAACCAAGUCCUUAAAAACCUUGCGUCCGCCCUGGAGGACAAGCGAGCUGCCACCAACUCCCUACCACCCCCAGCAGCAUCACACCCCUUACGGACGACCUUUGUCCGCGAAGGGGCUAAACCAUUAGAGCGAGACCAGCUGCGCUUGGCCCGCGACUGGAAAAUGCUAGCUGACAUUGGCCGGCAACUUGUGUUUCCUCCGGAGAUCGCAACCACCACCCUAAGACCUGACAUGGUGCUCUGGUCCCAUUCGCUCAAGAAGGUCUUCAUCAUUGAGCUCACAGUACCCUGGGAGGACUCAGUAGAUGAGGCUUAUGAGCGAAAACAUCUGCGCUAUGCCGAUCUAGCUGCCGAAGCACGGCAUCAUGGCUGGAACACAGAAGUCCGACCAGUGGAGGUGGGCUGCAGAGGUUUUGUGGCAACAUCUACAACCAGACUGCUUAGAGACCUGGGAAUUAAGGGCCAGAGCCAGCGUUCGGCAAUCAAAGCUGUAUCAGAGGCGGCAGAAGGCAGCAGUCAAUGGCUCUGGAUGAAGAGGAAAGACCCCAGCUGGGCCCCGAAGUGAGAGGGCCAGGAGGUAUGCGGUCAACAAUGCUUGACUCAGGGAGGAAGACGCCCCUGCCAUGCAUAGUCCCAUGGGAUGUUGGCUAUCAACAACAAGGCAACUCCUAUGACUAAUUGGGAAUGGGACGCAAGCGUAGGAUUGAUCACCCUGUCGCUGGCCGCCUUUGGGGAGGGUGUAUAGUGUGAAAGGCCGAAACACCCUAGGAACCAAAGGUACACUACUGACGAUGCGCUCCCCAAAUUUCACCAGUCUCACUGUUCAUGAACUCUUGGAAGUGCUUGCACAAAGGAUAGUAACAUCUCAUCCUGUGUUCUUGGAAUCUGUGUAGUAAGAUGUUAGUAGCCCAUGUGCCUCACCUUUGUAUUUUGGUCUAUUUUCACCUCUUAAUUUUGCCUACUGUUCU